GAAUCCGGAAGUGAUCCCAGAGGACAGAAUUGCAGCUGAGGACCCCGACGGCCAGUGCAUCGGUCACGUCGGGGCCAGGGUCGGGACCAUGAGCUGGAUUCCUUUCAAGAUUGGGCAGCCUAAGAAACAGAUUGUCCCUAAAACAGUGGAGAGAGACUUUGAAAGGGAGUAUGGAAAACUCCAGCAGCUGGAAGACCAGACCAAGAGGCUGCAGAAGGACAUGAGGAAGAGCACCGACGCUGAUCUCGCCAUGUCAAAAUCUGCUGUGAAGAUAUCCUUGGACUUACUCUCCAAUCCCCUCUGUGAGCAAGACCAGGAAUUUUUGAACAUGGUGACAGCCCUGGACACUGCCAUGAAGCGGAUGGAUGCCUUCAACCAGGAAAAGGUAAACCAGAUCCAAAAGACCGUGAUCGAACCCUUAAAAAAGUUUGGCAGUGUCUUCCCAAGCCUCAACAUGGCGGUGAAACGGCGGGAACAGGCCUUGCAGGACUAUAGGAGAUUGCAGGCCAAGGUGGAGAAAUAUGAGGAAAAGGAGAAGACCGGACCAGUGCUGGCCAAACUCCACCAGGCCCGGGAAGAGCUUUGGCCUGUACGGGAUGACUUUGAAGCCAAAAACAAGCAGCUCCUGGAUGAAAUGCCACGAUUCUACAACAGCCGACUUGACUACUUCCAGCCCAGUUUUGAGUCCCUGAUCCGAGCCCAGGUUGUGUACUACUCAGAAAUGCAUAAAAUCUUCGGAGACCUGACUCAACAGCUGGAGCAGCCAGGCCACACCGACGAGCAGCGGGAACGGGAGAAUGAGGCCAAACUGAGCGAGCUGCGAGCCCUGUCUAUCGUCGCUGAUGACUGAACGCCCACCCCUCUGAAGUCAGCCUCUUUAGCCUUUGCCCUUUUCAAGCUUAGGCUUGUGGUCCUCCCACUCACCAGCCCAGCCAAAGGCUCUCUCCCAGGAGAAGCAUGGCGCCUGGCAGGCUGAGGCAUGGGUGGUUUCCACUCUACCUCAUCAGCCCUUUGAAAUGUUGAGUCUUCAUUCCCUUGAGCCCAUCACCAGCCCCAGAAGCCCCAAGAAGCUGUUGUCUCCCCACCCAACAGGAAACUGCCCACAGACACAAGGUAAGCAGCGUAGGAAACUCUAGGAGCUUUUUUUUUAGUUCCUUAAGAACCAUCUGCAGUUCAACAUCCUGACCUGGGGCCUUAGCAAACUUCAACCCUUCAAAGGGCCUGGGUUGCAGUUGGGGGCUUAGCCUUGCUUGCAUGGUUGGGAUCACAUCUACCUCCAGAAGACCCAUUUGGGGGAAGUCCACCAACCUCCUCUUUGCAUUUCCACUUCAAACACUUUUUACAGGCAAGUCCUGGGCAGCUGCCCCGGGGAACGUGAGUGCUGUGGCCCCCGAUCAGCGCCCAAGCACUGCAAAGGCCCACUUCUAUCCCUUAAAGUGCAGGGGGGAGCGCCUCUAUGUAACUCAACUGUGCAACUACACCACACAAAAAUGUCACAGAUGCCUUGAAGAAACAUCAUUGGGUUUGUGUCUCAUCUGAAAACAAGAAUUUUAUUUUUUCAAGUAAAGUUUUCAAUAAAAUUUCUUUAUAUUAUUGUGUCAUAACUAAAGAGAAGCAGAAGUCACCAAAGAUUUUUUUCAAGAGUUACACUGCCCUCUGCUGCGCUGACAAGACACAGCAUUGUGCCUCUUCUUGAUCCCAGAAGGCAGCUGAGAACCCAGACUGCAGAGGCUCUUCUCACUCUCACUGCCCUGCCUUCUGGAAACUACAACGUGAGCCAGCAGAGAGAUUAUAAGGUAAGGGCCAGGAGCAGAGGGAGGGCAGACAGGCAAACCCAGGAGAGGAACAGGGAAGGACUAUGGAGGACACUUGGUUUGUUUUUGACUUUGGUUUAUUUAAAAAACAAAAAGCCAAAAAAAAAAACCAACUUUAUAUACAAAGUCAAACUGAAACCACAGAUUAUGGAAAGAGGCAAGAAUCAUAGGUUAACAGGGAGAAAGGCUGGGCCAGAGCCAAUACCACUCUGAACAUGGGGAGCCACAGGGAGAAAGAGGUGCUGGUUUCUUCUGGCAAGUCUGGGGUGGCUCGAACACAGUGUUCUCUUGGCAAACACGGCCCAACACUGAGACCUUUCUAGCACUGACUCCAUUCCCCUGAUGGCCAAGACCCUUUCCCCAGGCAUCUGUUCUAUAACCUAGCAAGAUUUGUGCCAUCCAGAUUAAGGGGUUCUUACCCCCAGCCAGAUUCCAUGUCUGUUUCUUCAGUUUAUUGGCGUUAGACCUUGUCACAUACUCGAAAAGCCUUUUCCUCCCCUGUCUUAUUCUAAACUGGAAGAGGACAGGAGAAAGCACAACACUAAAAGGGCCCCAGGAGAAAUUCCAAGGUAGAGGGGAAAAUGACAUUCUAGGGGUGUAAAAGAUGUAUUUAGUUGGAACUUGAACCGGGGUUCCUCAGUGAUCUGUCCCAAAUAGCACAGACAGACCCCCACCCUCAUGGCUUGACUUCCCCUAAAGAGGCUGAGCACAGGGGCCAGCCACCCCCUGCCUAUGGCUCCUAGGUCCUGCUCCAGCUUCGUUCUGGUACCAAAAGGGAGGGUUCUAACUUCAUCAGACUCCAUCGCUGACCUCACAGGAUGGCAGUUCCUGUGCAAGGCGCCUCAGUUGCUAGGUGCUGGCUCCUCCUUCUCUACCCAGCUGUCGGCCUAAAACAGACAUAAUGAGAAUUAGGACUUCCAAGAAGGAAAGAGGCAAGAUGGAGAAUAAAUACUUCCUUCUGGGAAAGGAGGUUUCAAGCUGAUAACCAUUCAAUUCCAUAAGAAUCUAUAGUGGAUAGAGGAAGAAAGCAAGGUGACCUUGGGCAACAGAUACACCGACUCUCAUCUCUGAUCAGCUCUCUUGAAGGAACGGCUUGCCUUCUUUAGAGAGAAGCCAGGAAGCUUUUGGAUCCCCACCAAAAGGAGCUGCAGCUACCUCCUAAUUCACCCCCCCCACCUUACCUUCUCGACCAUUCGCUGCAUCUCAAGCUGCAGAGGGGUCAGGCGCCUUCGGAACUCCUGUAGCAGCCGCUGAAGCUGGUUCUUCUGUCGUUCAGCCGUCCGCGCUGUCUCCUCAGCCUCAGCCAGCCGUGUUCGCAACUCCUGCAUUUCUGCUGCCAGUGUCUUGUUGGUUACUUCGGUGGCUGAGAAACGGUUAUGGCUCUCCUCUGGAAGGGAAAAAACAAACCAGAAAGACUGCUGCUCGGUCACGGUCCAAAGCAUAGGGCAAGAGAAGUGGAGCCUCCCAGUUGGCCUCGGUGUUCACAUGCUCUGCCUGCCCCACAUCUCUGAGGUUUCAGGCCACUCACCCAGCUUCAGUUCCAGUGUGUGAAUCUUGUUCUCCAGGUAGAGCCGUCCACUGUCCUGCUGCUCUGCACGCUGCAGCAGGUUCCCCACAUGGAUCAAACUGCCAUUGUGGGACACCAGGCCUUUGUGCUCCACUGGGGCAGCACCUGGCUUUGCGCUUUUCCCAGCAGGAGGCAGCAGAUCAAGGUUUCCUAGAAGGGGACAUGGAAAAAAUUAAGAAAGACGUCUCAGGAGGAAAAAGAAGUCUGCCCUGCCCAUACUCCAUUGAAGGCUCAGAGUGCCAGGACAUACCAAAGAGCACCUCCUCAGGAAGUCCACCAUCCAUGCCCUCCUGGCGGCUAUACUGAAGGCUCCGGUACUGGCAAAUGUUUUGGGUCACCACCCUGCUGACCAGCUGCUUGGCCUACAGAGAACAUACACCCAACAUACCCAGUGAUGAAGAGUCCAAGCCCUUGUCCCAGGGACGUGCAAGAAACUAGAACCACAGUGUCCUGAUUCACCCACCAGAGUUGUGUGUGCCCAGCAUAUUUAUGUUAGGUGAGCCCAUUGCAGAAAAGGAUUGAAGGUGGAAGUGAGAGAAGGUACCUGCUCUGCACUGAGCCGGAGCCCAAGGGUAAGUAGGAUCCUCUCCAAGUCUCUCCGGUGUAAGUAGCCACACCAGUUGGCAUCAAAGAACACAAAAGCAAGAAGACAAUCCAAGGACAGCACAGCAGAGGGAUCCAGCUCCUUGGGCUGCAAGAGAAACAAAGAUGAAAAGGAUGAACUAUUUACAAAUAGUUCUCUCAGUGGCUAAGUCACCCAGGACACAGUCCUUUUAAACGUGAGCUAUUUGGCUGAUGUAAUCACACCCCAGCAGGCCUUCUAAAAGCCCCAAGGGCUGUCAUACACAUAGGAACCUGUGUGCUCCCAAAUCAGAAAGCUCUUAGAUCCACCCCAAUGGAAUUCCUCAGCGGAAAAUCAGAAAUGUUCUUCUGUAUCUUAUGAAAAUGCCAUUCCAUGAGUCAAAAAUCACAUUUUGUCUUUUGUCAACAAAGAGAAAUCUUGUGCUACCUGUGAGAUGCCAGAAGUCAUUUGGUAAACACAAAGGCUCAUGCAGUGCUAAGCAUCCCUCUCCCAGGAAUGAGUCAGAGGCCUUGCUAAGCUUCACUCUCAGCAAGGCCCAGAGUGGUCAAAAAGAAGUCUCACACCAUGUCCUGGAGUGAAGAGAAUUCCAUCUCUGACUGGUUUGAGGCAACAGAGCGUACUUCUGAAUCCUCCAGCUUUGAUCCUGCUACAGAAAGCCAGAAAUAAACACAGAACAGGGACCACACCUGGCCGAAACUUGAUCCAGACAUAAAAGGAAAACCAUCACGGUUCCAGACCCAGGGCUACCAUCCAGUACAUGCAAAAUUCCCCUCUCACCACUGAACGUACCAAAUUCCUCUUCCCCAUCAUCCCUCAGAAGCAGCAGUUCUGGAUCCAGGGCCAUCUCACAAAGGUCCUCAGAUGCCUCACCUCGGGGUUUCUCUUCUUCCUCUCCCCCAGAAGAGGGGGGCUUGGGCACAAGUCCAUCCUCCUUCUAGGGGAAGCAGACCAAGACGGUGAGGAGAGAGAAGGAACUGUAAACUGUAAUCACUAACAUCCUAACGGCCCACAUCCAAGUACUGACUGUGCCAGGCACUAUGGGUGCUGUCUCAUUUAAUGGACUUAACGACUCAAGAUUCAGAGCAGACUAGACCAGGAGGGUUUCCAGACACCUGGCAUUCUCCUCAGCAGUUAACCUUAGUCCCAUAAGAAACUGCUGACUUGAUAGUAUUUAGGCAAUUAUGAAGACCCAUGUGUUUUAGGUAGAAAAUAAAAUUAUCUAGUUAACCACCAGGUAACCAACACUUCUAUUCCUCAAAGCAUUCUUCCCUUCACUCUUCUAUGCCAGUUCCCUUAUCCCAGCUGUACUAUGCACUAGCUGUGAGAUCAUGAGGAAGAUAGUUAGCAUCUGUAUACUUGAGUGUCUACUGCAUAGGGUAACGGAGAGCAUGCAGUGUGAGGAGUACACGAGAUGAGACACAUAAAGCACUUAGAAAAGUGCCUGGUACAAAAUAGAUAUUCAAAUUGUGUUAAGCACAUACUUUCAGUCCCCAGUAUCAGCCAGCAGUAAUAAAGGUACUCACCAAGGGAGUAUCUGACUCAGCAGCUGUUCCCUCAUUCUGUACCUCAUCCUUAGCCUCCUUGGCCACCUCCUCUUUGACUACUUCUUCCUCCUUAAACUGCUUCCUCCUUGGCUGCUUCCUCUCCUUCUCAGGUUCAGGUGGGGACACUGCCUUUUCAGGAAGGCUCAGCAACAUCUUAUAAAUCCUAUAGCCAAAAUCCCUCUGCAGCAUCUCCAGAAACAGUUCAGCCAACACCAUCACCUGUUAGAAGAUGCAGCAGGGGCCCAUGAACAUCAGAAGAAAAGGAUUACUCCAAGCCCUGCCAUCCCAUACAUCUACCCACCCCACAAUUUUCCCAAGAUUUCCAAGCCUACCUCAAAAGAAAUCCUUUCUUUUGGCCUCCGAUCCUCUACAAUACCAUGGAGAGAAAGGUUUAUACAGCCAGGGCGUGCAAUGACAGCAGGUUCUAGAGGCGGUGGAGGGGCCUCUGGGAGAUCAGUGUCCAUUUCCUGCUGAGUAGUGACCUCCGGAUUCUCUGCAUGCUGUUUAGAAGCAUCUGCUGCUUGCUCCGAUGCAUCAGGUCCCUGUUCAGAAGGCUCUGUUUCCUAUGACAAAAUCAAAGCGAUGUGACCAUCUGGGUCCAGGCCUUAGGGAACCUUACUUUCCCCUCUUCUUCAUAAGGCUCAGCCUUACCACUGGUGCCUCCUGGGGAGGGGUAGCUGCCUCUGCAGCUUUCUGCUGGCACAGGGCCUCCCACUCUUCCAAUGUAGGCAUGAUGGUCCAGACAUCUGGCAGGUACACCACUACUGUCUGGAGCCGCCUUGGGGGUCCUGGCUGCAGAUACUGAAAUUCAGCAAAGCGCCACCUGCUCACAGCAAAAGGAAAACUGAAAUACUAACCCAUGACACAUUCCUGCAGGUACCACAUUCAUAAGCAAUUGCUUCAGUUUCCAAUCAACAUUAGUAAAAACAUACUGUGUGCCGAGGUUUGAAAGUACAAAAAUAAAAGAUACAGACCAACUCCUCAAGAAAGGUUUAGUCAAGGGAGAGACAUGAGUAAGCAGACAAUUACAUACAAACUGCAAAGGCAACAAGAAGGAGCACUGAGAGUGGCCUUCAGCACACACACAGACUGAGCCAAGCUCAUGACCAAGACUGUGGAGGCAGCUGAAGGGGUGAACAGAGGGAUGAACUGUGACCAGGGAAGAGAAGAAAGCUAACAGGGUUGGAAAGGAGCAGAAUCCUGCCCUGCCUAUCACAGACGAGCUCGAGGAAGCCCACUCACCACUUUGUGCAGCUGCUCAAGUCAAUGCCGGUCUGAGCCUGUGCACAGCGGAUGGCAGUGCGGACCAGUACCUGCGGGUCAGCCUUGGGGUCGAGGCCAUCCAGGGAAGGAGACCACUCACCCCCAACCAGCACUGCCUCUUCUUCCUUCCGGCCCAACAAAAACUGCAAAAAUAGACUAGGGAUGAGAAACCAAAAAACCUAUUUCCUGGGUCUCCCACUCCAAGGCUGCCCCUAAUCAGGAAUUAAGGCAGCAUGAUGUGGUGAACAGUCCACCACACAGGGGAUUCUCUAUUCAUUAACCUUAACUAGCCACAUAACUGUUUCUCACAAGUAAAAAUAUCUCUGAGCCAUAUUUUCCUCAUGGGUAAAAUAAGGGGCAUUUCAGCUCUGAAAUGCCUUGUUUCUAUGAAUUAAUGAACAGGAGCUGAGCUGCUGAAACCUCGGUAGGGACUGGACUUCAGCAAUGAAUUCAUCUUGUUUCCUACACUCCAGCUCUUACCUUAAUCUGUUUCAAAGGAUGUUCUGGUGUCUCCCUUGGCUCCACCAGGUCAUCCACAAAAAGCAUGCAACAACGAUAAAAUUCCUCCAAACCCGGAGAAGACAGCAACAGUACCUGUGCAGAGACAGCAUGAAGGAGCACACUCAAGAGCCGUCUUCAGCCUCCAAUGGGAUAAAGCUACAUGACCCCAGUCAACUUGCCUUGGAACUGUAAGCAGGGUCGCUGUCUGAAGGGAUGGGCUCAGCACCGGUGUCUGGAGCUGGCUCCUUCUCAGAAGAUACCUGGAUACGGCUUGGAUGUUGGAAGGAAAAAGGCUGGCUCAGAGGGAAGGCUGACAGCCAGCUCAGAUGCACAGCCAGAAAAUCUGAGGGAACCAGGAGGCUGCGAUAACGGCGCUGAAGUUCUAGGAAGUCACAGAUGGGGCUGCAGGAAGAAAGCAAUAGAAUAUAGAUUGAUCAAAAACUAAAAUAUUAAAAAAUAAAACCAUAAAAGACUUGGAAAAAACAUGGGCAAAUUAUUUUAUUUCUGGGAAAGGACUUUCUAGGACACCUUUCAAAAGGAAAACUAGAUCAGAUUUGACCACUAAAAAUCUAAAACAACUAUAUAGCAAAAUAAAGUCAAACUGGAGGGGGAAAACAUUUCCAACACAUGACAAAGGGAUCCUUUUCUUAAUAUAAAAAGAACUCACAAAUUAAUAAAAGUUCAACAAUCCAAGAAGAAACUGGGAAAAUUGACAUAAACAUGUAGUUAACAGAAAAAGAAAUACUUAAGACUUAAAAGCCCAUGAAAAAAUGCUCAGGCACACUUAUAAGAGAAACGCAAAUCAAUAUCAUUUUCCCCUAUCAGAUCGGCAUAGAUCAAAAAGCUUGAUGAUACAGUGUGGGCAAAGGCAUGGGGAAACAAGUACUUUGUGCCCUGUUAGUGAGAAUUUAAAUUGAUACUGCCUUUUGGAGAGAACUGGCAAUAUCUAUCCAAGUUUCAAAUCAAACCCUUUCAACCAGUUACUCCCAAUUUCUAGGAAUUGAUCCCAAUAAAAUACAUCUACCUGUUACACAUAGAUGUAUGUAGAAGGAUGUUUAUUACAAUAUUUAUGAAAAUAAAGAAUGAAAAACUGAAUAAAUUAUGGUUCAUCCAUUCAAUGGAAUACCAUGUAGUUCUUAAAAAGAAUGAGAUUGACCUAGUAAAUCUCAAAAUGGAAUAAAUUUUAAGAUUCAUUAAGUGAAAAAAGCAAAUUACCAAACAGUAUGUACAACAGGCUUCCAUUUGUGUUUGUUUUCCCCAAGUCUCCAAGAACACACAUAUCACAGACACAUGCUUGCAUUAAAUGUAUCUUAUUUACAUAAGGAAUCCUCACCAGUUGCAAGUCCCAUCCCCGUCUCAGCCUUGUUACUCACCUGUCCACGGUAUAGGGAGUGAGAUGGACCCGAUAAGGGGGCAGGUCGUGCCUGGGUUUCUUAGCACCCCAAGGCUCUCCACUAGCCCGCUGUUUGCGUUUCUUGGAGUCAUAGUCAUCACUGGAGGUUGACCCAUCACCCAGGAAUAAAAAACUAUUGUUACAUAUGUAUUCAAUAUAUACUGGAAACAAUCUGAAUCCCCAACCUUAAAGAAAGGGUUAAAGAAGCCAAGCUAAUGGCCAUAUGGCAGAAUGUGAUAAAGAUAAUAAAAUGGAUACUUAAAAGCUUUUAAUAAUGUAAGAAAAUAAGUAUAUUAAGCAAAAAGUGUAGUAUGAAACACCAUGUACAGUCUGACCUCAACUAUGCAAGAAAAGCUUUGAAAGACUGAAAGGAAGUAAAAUAUUAAUGGCAGAUGUCUCUAACUGAUGAGCUUAUGAAUAGUUCUUUUUCUUUUUUUAUUUUUCUGAACUUUCUAAAUUAUCUAUAGUUAACAUAAUUUUUUGAAAUGAGGGAAUACAUUAACUGAUUAGAAAAAAAGAAGAGAGACAAUACCAUGCUGUGGGUUCUAUAGUUUUAUUAAAAAAGACAGUUCCUGGUAACAAACCCUUAGCAGUACACAUUGGAGUCAUAAAAAUACUCAAACCCUUUGAUCUAGUAAUUCUACUCUUGAAAAUUGAUCCCAAGAAAGAAUUCAAAAGAAAAGGGGUUAUAUAUAGUAGAAAAAAUUCAAGCAGCAUAAGCUGAGAAUAAGAAAACUAUAUAAAUACCCACCAAUUCCUAAAAUGUUAUAAUAAAUAAGUCCAGAUACUAAAUAUAAAUAAAUCCAAAUAAUCAAUCAUGCAGCCAUAUAGCACAGUAUUUAAUAAAAUAAUUUGAACUCUGAUAUUAAAAUGGCAAAAAGAAUGCAUGUGUAUAGAUAAAGAUGAAUAAAGAAAAUAGGAAAAAAGAUAAAGUGGCAAUAAAUUUUUCUUUCCAAAAUUAUCUUUUAAAGUUCUUUAAGAAUACCUACCUGUUUAUAAAGGUUACCUUUGAAGAGAAGGUAGACGAGAGACUUUCUCUUUUAUUAUACAUUUUAUAGUAUUUUAAUUUUAUAAUAGCAUGUCCCAUUUUAUAAGUUUUUGUAAUAAAUCAUUUAUUAUAGCACUACUAUGUUACAAAUGCAACAAAUAAAAACAGUAGAAGAAAAACAAGCCUGUAGAUCAUUAGAAAAUGCCUGAUUGAUACGGGAAAAAUCCCUUGUAUCUCAUGAGAGAAAUAAAAUCAACUGUCAAUUCUUCAGGCCUGAAUAACUGAGUUGAUUAUACUUACCAGCAAAUUUUCAUUCUUUCCUUUCAGACAUGCCUGGGUCAUUUCCCUGUUCAUUACACCCCUGAAUAACUAAGUAGAUUAUAUUUAACACAUGUUUUUUGUUCUUUUCUCUUGUAUCUAUCUGCCUGGGUAAUUUCCCUGAAAACUAGCAUCUCCAUCCAAAUCUGCCUACUUAUCUUGCCUUUAGAGGAUGUCACUGCUUCCACACUUCUAACAGAAGAACUAUUCCAAAGUCAUUUUAUCAACUUUGUACAGCUCACCUAGUAACUGAAGUGAACAUUUCAAUAAAUGCUGUAAACUCCUAAA